GGAAGCAAGUGAGUUGAGCGCACGCGGGCGGACGCAACGAUGAUGGUGGUGGCAACUACGAGCCCCGGCGGGCUGGAGGCGCUGCAGGUGCGCGAGGUCGAGGAUCUCUCGGCGCUGGGGGAGGGCAAGCUGCUUGUCGGGGUGGCCGCUGCCGGCGUCAAUCGCGGUGACACGGUCCAGCGGCAGGGCCGGUACUCGCCGCCGGCCGGCGCCUCCCCCUACCCGAGCCUUGAGUGCUCCGGCACCAUCGUCGUGCUCGGGGCCAACACCCCCCGCGCUGGGCCGUCGGUACUAGGUGUACGCGCUGCUUACCGGCGGCGGGUAUGCGGAGAAGGUUGUGGUUCUGGCAGGGCAACUUCUACCGACGACAGAGGGAGGGUCGCUGACUGACAGCCGCCAGCUUGCCCGAGGUGGCCUGCACCGUCUGGUCCACCGUGUUCAUGCCAGUCACCUCUCCCCCGGUGAAUCCUUCCUUG